AGUAAAAGACUUAUAUUUCAAUGGAAGACAUACCCAGAGGGACUAAGCCGUUUGGAACAAGAAUAUUCUCGACUAUAAUAAUACCUCUUGAUAUAAUAAAUAGCUACUCUAUUUACUAUUCCGUUACCAUUUUUAUUAUUUGAUACAAAUUUUUUAUCAAACUAAAAUAGUUUAGAAAGAUUUCUACCCAAAGUGAAUUAGAAUUAAUAAAUCGCAAAAAAAUAUAAAUUACAAAGAUACAUAUAGAAUUUAAGAAAAAUGAUCCACCAUCAUGAGUCUUGGAUUUAUGUAAAUUAACAAAUGUGAAAUGAUAUUUUUUUUUUAAGAAAAUGUCAAAGCCACUUUGCUGAGUGAAAUUUAAAGAUAAAAUUAGGAAACUUUGAUAAAAGAGAAGAUAAAAGAUUGCGUUAAAUCUGGAUCAAUCGCUACUUACUAUAGAUAAAGGAAUCUGAUAAUCGAUCCAAACGCAGAGCUCCCAAAAUGUGCACACUCGAGAAGCGACGGAAUCUCUUCAUCCUAACUCUGACCGGCGACCACGACCAUCGCCUCAACCCCUCCGUCAUCGCCGCUCUCCUCGAAGCUCUUUCCAAAGUCAAGUCCCAAGCCUCCCCAGGCUCCGUUCUCGUCACUACUUCCCAUGGCAAAUUCUUCUCCAACGGCUUCGAUCUCUCUUGGGCUCAUGCCGCCGGCUCUGUUUCUGCCGCCGCUGAACGCCUCCACCAUAUGGUCCAGAAUUUCAAGCCCGUUAUCGCUGAACUUCUCUCCCUCCCCAUGCCCACCAUCGCCGCCAUCUCCGGCCACGCCGCCGCGGCUGGCUUUAUGUUAGCACUAAGUCACGACUAUUUGUUGAUGAGGAGCGAUCGAGGAGUUCUGUACAUGAGCGAAGUGGAUCUAGGGCUAAGUUUGCCCGAUUACUUCGCGGCGCUGUUCAAAUCGAAAAUUGGGUCGAGUUCCGUACGUCGCGAUGUGCUCAUGAGGGGAAUGAAAGUGAAAGGGGAAGCGGCGGUGAAGAUGGGGAUCGCGGAUUCGGUGUACGACGGCGAGAGCGGCGUCAUGGAGGCCGCCGUCAGACUCGGGGAGCAGUUGGGGGCGAGAAAAUGGAACGGUGAACCCUAUGCGGAAAUUAGGAAAAGUCUUUAUCCAGAGAUCUCUCGGCUACUUGGGUUGCCGGAAAAGGCCAUAUCGAUUUCCAAGCUGUGAUUAAUGAAAAUUGGCUGUUCUUCAGACAUUCUGUGGUAAUUUAUGAUGCAAAUUGGAGCUUAGAAUAAAUUUCAUGCUGCCGUUUGUACUAUAAAUCUUGAUUGUUUAUCGUCAUGAAAGUCUUACAAACAGUUUCACAAAUAUCUCCACCUUCUUACACUAUAUCUAAUACGUGGUUAUGUUUGCA